CCACUCCAGUGAUCCGUUCGUCACGGUCAGAGCCGCUAUCUGGGCGGGGAGAGAGAAACCUCACUAACACUCAGCAGAGCACAGGAGCAGCCGAAAUUCACAGCUGAGGACGCGCACGGGAGAAUAUCUUGCAAACGUGGUGAAUACAAGAAAAUUUAAGCAUCUCAAUCCAAGCAAUCACAUUUUCUUUUGGAUAUCCAACGGGUUUGAUGUCGGCUGAUCUGGUGUGAAGCGUUACCAGUUCAACUUCUGUUUUUUUGUGGGGAGAGGAGGUACAUUUCAGCUUCAUUCGUGUCUUGUAAACGGAAUGAAUGACCAAGACAAAGGUUGACACCGGUUCCCCGACGCAUUUUGUCUCGUCGAAGGAGAAGAGGCAAAAGCAGAAAAUGGAGAGCAGCACCGGCGAACAAGAACAGCCGCCUGCGCAGCCGCCACAAGUUAACGAGAAAAAGAAAAUACACCGGGCACCGUCUCCAGCAAGACCCAAAGAUGUGCCCGGGUGGUCCCUCACUAAAAUACGCGGAGGUAUCGGCACACCGACGCUGAGCGUUAAACCGGGGGCUAUAUAUUUAGGCGGCCGCGUGUCCAGACGCAGCCCGGUUACCGGGAAGGAAACAAAAACAGAGAAGAGUAAACCGACCGGCAAGCCUGCGCUAUCCGCGGCCGGUGCUCAGAAGAGCAGCGCCAAGUCUAAUAAAAGCGGUCGAAGAAAAGUUUCGGACGCCAGCAUCGGAUCGGAUGAUUUAAGCAAGGACUCCGGCUGCGCUCCGGGGAAACUCUCACCCACCGACAGCAGCUCCGAGCUCUCCGACUGCGUCUCCGAGGAGAAUAAAGUCUCCACAGACGCGCUCAGCAGUGACACCGAGACCAGCAGCCGCGGGGGGAUCGACGGCGAUAAAUCGGCAGCAGAACAUGGACUAUUGGACAAGAGUGGCCAAACCAAGACCAGCGUGGAGAAAGACCGACUCUCGCUGGGAGUGGAGACCGCGGAAGGGAGCGUCUCUCCCGGCGACGAGCGCUCCCUCACCUCGUUCGACAGCAGGAUGCCCGCCAGCACAUCCUUGGCGUUCUCGGACCUGACUGAGGAGUUGAUGGACGGGAUGCAUGAGGAAUUAAUCAGGGAAAUAGAGGAACUCAGGUCGGAAAAUGAUUAUUUAAAGGAUGAAAUGGAGGAGCUUCGCUCUGAGAUGCUGGAGAUGAGGGACAUGUACUUGGAGGAGGAUGUUUAUCAGCUCCAGGAGCUCAGACAGCAGUUGGAUCAGGCCAACAAGACCUGCCGCAUCCUGCAGUACCGCCUCAAGAAGGCAGAGAGACGCAGUAUCCGCGUGGCCCAGACCGGACAAGUGGAUGGGGAGCUUAUCCGCACACUGGAGCAAGACGUCAAGGUGGCAAAGGACGUGUCCAUCCGUCUCCACAAUGAGCUGGACACUGUGGAGAAGAAAAGAUCUCGUCUGGAGCAGGAGAACGAGGAGCUGAGGGUGAAACUACAGGAUCUGGAGGUGGCCAAGCAGGUCCUGCAAGCUGAGAUGGAGAAGGCCAGAGAGAACUCUUUGAAGAAGAGAGGUGCCAGACCAAACAACAAACCUGACAAAAAAGCAUCGCCUCAGCCUCCAGAGGACAGUUCAGACCUGAAGUGCCAGCUUCACUUCGCCAAGGAGGAAUCGGCUCUCAUGUGCAAGAAACUCACCAAGAUGGUCAAAGACAAUGAGGCCAUGAGAGAGGAACUGGCAAAGUAUCGCUCUGUGUACGGAGAGGUUGAUGCCUCACUUACUGUCGAAGAGGUCGCUGAUUCUCCUCACACCCGAGAAGCCGAGGUCAAAGUACACCUGAAACUUGUGGAGGAGGAGGCGAACCUUCUAAGUCGACGUAUCGUAGAGUUGGAGGUGGAGAACCGGGGCCUUCGCGCCGAAAUGGACGACAUGAAGAUCCAGGAUACCCCGGGUGGAGUCGGCGUCAUGGGUGGAGUCGGGAGUCACCUGCUGCUUUCCACGUCUGAGAAUGUAAUGGAGCUACAGCGCCAUCUACAGUUUGUGGAAGAAGAGGCAGAUCUGCUGCGGCGGUCUCUGAUAGAAAUGGAAGAGCAGAACAAGCUCUUGAUGAACGAGAUCAACCACUACAAGUCCGAGCUUCCCGCUGUCACUGAGAUAGAGCCAUCAUCGUCCACAACCAUCAGUUCACCCAAAAUCAUUCCUGGUGCUUCCGAAGAGGGAGAAUCCGGUCUAAACGAAGCCACCCAUAAAGAACUGCUUGCUGCCCGGCUGCAGAUCGCAGAGCUGAAUGGCAAAGUAAAGAAGCUCCAGUACGAGAACCGCGUGCUUCUGUCCAACCUUCAACGGUGUGACUUGGCCUCCAACCAGGGUUCCGCACGUCCAGCGCUGGAAACCGAUGCUGAAGCAGGGGACUCGGCUGAGUGCGUCCCAAGCCAGGUGCACCGUGAAGGCCCGGUGGGCGAUGAGCAGAACGAUAUUCUGGAGGAAAAGAAUCCAAAAGUUUCAGUAACAAGUCACACUCCUACUGCUCAGGGCCUCAACAUAAAAGACCUUCUCGCUAUCCGCGACCAAGCGCAACUCAUUACCUCAGCCAUUCAGCUCCUGACUUCACCCGACCCCUCCAGUAUCACACCAGACGCCGUCUAUCGUAAGAUUACAACAAAUGAGUCUGCGGAACCGGUUCUGCUGGAGAAGAGCCAGACCCAGAGCUCCACGCUGCCCCUGGUGGAGGCCCUGCAUGGCAGACUGCAGUCCCUCCAGGCUCAGCUACAGGCCCUCAGUGAGAGGGUGGAUGCCCUGGGGCAGCCCCCAGAGAGGGAGCGUGUGGAAGGGAUGUCCUUGAUGCCCCUGCUGUCUGAAGCGGAAGACCCUGCAGCAAAUUGCUCAUGCCCUGCAGAUGCUCAGUUCAACCAGAACAUGGCCCAACAGAAGCCUGACUCUAGAGACCAGCCGUGCAAGGCAGAGGAGGAGAGGAACAGCCACAAAGACAGCAACAAAGACGAGGAAUCUGACUUAAAGGAAACAGACUCUGAUCUGCUGACAGAGCAGGUUGGGGAGCUGCACGCUCUGUUGUCCGAGGCAAGAGAGAAGGCUCAGGGAGCGCAGGAAGCGUUGUCACAGGAGAGACAGGAGCGCCACAACGACACACAUAAACUCUCUCAGCUUCAGGAAGAGCAUCAGAAGGCCCUCCUCCGCCGAGACUUCCAGCUGCAGAGUCUGAGCCUCCAGACGCGUCUGCAGCAGAAGCUGUGGAGUCAGGAGAGAAACCUGCUGGUGCAGGAGUCCCAGCAGCUCAAAGAGAGCCUGCUCCUCAUCGGCCUCAAGCUGCGCUGGCUCCUCAAACAGUGGAGACUCGGCAAGAAACUAGACACUGAGAGCAAGGAUAUCCUAGAGGUUAACAGUGUCAAAGAUCUCCGUAUCCUGCUUGAGGAAGAUGGGUUGUCUUCCCACUAUGGAGACAACAAGAUGUCUGCUGCUGAGGAGCAACCACUCAACCCUACACCCAAAGAGCACAGCCUGGCAGAGAAAAGCUGCCCGCAGCAGCCUAGCGGAUUCGGCAGUACUCUGUCGGACCUGAAGGUGGCGCUACAAGAUCUGAGCGCUGAGCUGCGCGAGGAGCGUCAGAGUUCACAGGAGUUAACGCAGCAGUUUGCCCGUGCCAAAGCAUCAUGGGAAGUGGAACGGAUGGAACUCAAGAGCAUUAUCACUCAGCUGGAGGGUAAGAUGGGGAAGGCAUCUGUGGCUGGGGGUGAAAAGGACUCUCCAGACCUCAAGGGGGCGCUAAAGAAGGAGCGAGAAGAGCAUCAACACUUAUUAGCGGACUCUUACGCUGCUGUGAUGGACCUCACCAAACAACUGCAAAUCAGUGAGAAGAACUGGAGCCGAGAGAGGCUGGAGCUUUUGGAGCACUUUAACCAGGAAAGAAGCCAAUGGGAACAACGUAUACGAGAUGCCCAGAGCAAAGGCGCACAGUCUCUUCAUGAUAAAAUGUCUGAGAAGGAAACCUUAGCAGAUGUAGCCACGAGCAGUUCAGCACUGCAAAGGACCAAAUCAGUUUCUGCCCUCUCUGAAUUUAAGAGUCUGUUGGACACCAGUCUGUUCCUUCCUGGUCACAUGAUCAGUGGAGUAAAAGAGUGCAAUGUUGUUCAACACCAAUCUACCGCUCCUGCCUCCAUUCUGGCUCGCACCGACUUAAGUGAUCUCAACAAGAAGAAUUGGAAGUACCUGACCAGUGAUUCGGCAAUAUUGGAGAAGGGUGACCAAUUUAAGACAUGGGACUGCCCAAGCACCAACUCUAACAGCAGCUUCCCAGGACUGGAGCUGAGCAAGGAAUACAUCCAGAGAAGCUACACCGCUCCAGAUAAGACGGGUAUUCGUAUCUAUUACAGCCCUCCAACAGUGCGGAGAAUGGAGAGUAGGCCAGUCAAAGAAAAGUCCCACCCGGAUCCCCAGCAAGGACUAUCAUCUAGGGAUGCAGCCAUGAUAGAUCUAUCAGGUCAGACUGCUGUAUCUGCACCCUUAUCCGCCACUUCUUCCUCCUCUUAUGAGCAGUGGUUGAGCUCACUUUCACAGCAGCACAGAGACCUGCUUGAAGGACGGACAGGAGGUUCUGCACCAUUCCAUGGACUAGAAAUUUCAGGCAACCUUAGCGAUGACAUGAAGGAGAUGACAAACUGUGUACGACAGGCCAUUCGUUCCAGUUCCCUGGAGAGGAAGUGCAGCAAAGAUACUGGGAGCCAGACAGUUGGUGUUUCUAGUACAGGAACGCAGACAGCACAGUUUGUCAGCAUUGGCCUACAAACUGAUGGCCCUAUUUCAACAACUAGAGGCCUUCCAGGGAAAGCAUGGUCUCCUCGUCCAUCCACCUCACUUGCAUCCGCACGUUCCCGACAGAUCUCUUCAUCUCUGGAGAAAGUGCACAGUCGCAUAGAUAGACCCUGUUGCUCUCCAAAAUAUGGCUCACCUAAGCUCACCCGCAGGGUCUCCACCUCCUCCUCAAAACUUGAGACCUCCUCAACAUCCUCGAGGGAUCGCAGUGUCUGGAAUCUGCAUAACCGUAGUGGGUCCCAGAACGGUUCUGCCUGGGCACGUUCCACCACCACACGUGACAGCCCAGUGCUUAGUGGCCUAAAUGAUGGCUUGACCAGUCUCUUCAGUGUGGUGGAACACUCCGGAAGUGUUGAAUCAUUAUGGAAAGCAGAUCCGUGCCCAGAGAGACAAGCCGCUGGGAAACCUUCUUGUCCUAGCAUAGGUAUCGGUCUGGGAGAAGCGGGAGCUCAGAAGUACGGCAUGGUCCAGGAGUUUCUUCGAAAUGUUUGCGGCAGGACUGCACCAGCGGGCACAAUGGACGAACCAAAGCCUGAAUGCCUACCUGGAGCCUUGAUCAGCACAGACAAUAUCACGAAGAUCGUCAAUAAGCGGUUUAUGAAAACACAAAGGGAUGAGUUGGUACCCACCGGAAAGGAUGCAGUGAGCUCAAGCUCUAGUACCUUGGAGGAUUCAGUUUGUGACUGUAACUCACAAACCAUCACGUCCUGUUUUGCCCGCCACUCCCGCUCCACCACACGACAUACCCAUGGCCAGUGCAAGCAUCGAGUGCAAGAGUCAUCCAUGGGAACUGAAGAACGAUUCGAUACCAGUAAUGAGUGAGGAUGAGAGUGGCCUCUUCUGACGCUCCCAAAAACUAUACAAAAUAAACAACUGUCAACACUCACGCCACACAAACUGCCACACAAAUCCACUGCCACAUACGCCAAUACACACAGACACACCCUUAAACAAACACAUACCUUAAAUACAAGACUUCAGGGUUACAACAAUGGGACCUUGGAGAAUUCCUGCAUCUGGAGAGUUUCCAAACCAGACCUCAGUGUAACCAGCACAGUUUAAUGCCAAGGAAGGAGAAAGAUUAGACCUCUCCUUUAGGUCCACCAUUCCACUGUCAAGAUUUCACAUUGUAAGUCCAUCAUUCCAGUGUAAACCAGUCAGUCCUGACUUUAAAGUCCACCAUUCCACAGUCAUUCAGUCAGACCUCUCCUUAAACUCAGCAAUUCCUCUGUUCUUUAUCCAGCCAACAGAACAGCUUAGCCAGCCAUUUCGAUCCCCAUGGGAGAACUUGAGUAAUCCAAACCCAAGUUGACACCAGGUCUUAAUGAAUUCAUGUAGAUAUAAAGGGAACAUACAGCAUGCAGCUGAACUACACAAACCAAGAACCUCAACAUUGCCUUCAGUAAGAGUAAAACUCACAACUGCCCAGUGGCAUAGCAUUGCUUGGAGUAGCUGUAAAAUUUUCCCAUACCAGCCAUUGAUUGAUUCUACGAGUUCAUGUACAACUUACCCUUUUCGAAAGUCUACAAUGGAACACUUUUGACUUUGAUGGGUUGAUGCAUCAAAGAAAUAAAGUUCCUUCCUGGAAAGUGCUACCACCUAAAACCAACAAGGUCUCAAUUUGGUUUUAUGUUCAUGAUCUCCACAGACAAUCAUCAAACAACAAAGCUUGUUUCAACCACUGUAUACACUCUGCUAUGACUUCGGACCUUCUUCCAUUUUCAAACCAGCCAAAAUAUGAAACUCAGAAUAUACCCCUGGAUUUCUCUAAAAAAGGAGUGAAUGAUUGAUCAUAUUACAUUAUGAAUCUGUCCUUAUUUAAAACUUGAUAUUCUUAUUAUGAUGUCUGAAGAUGUCUACGAAGAGCACGUUGGUAGUGGUAGAGUAAGAGGAUAGCAGUUGUUUUGUUUGCUUUGGUACUUUGUACUGUAUACGUGUUUGAACAUUAGAGUACUAGCACGAAAAUCUCCAUUCCUUGGCUAGGAUGUCCUCAUGAAUUUUAAAGUGUAAUGGUCAUUUUUAUUAUAAUUUUUUAUCAUUGCCCCUGCUUCUACGGAAGACAAGUUGCUGGGUGUAUCUUCUGCAAUCCUCUUCUUUAUUUUUACUAUGUCUACCUCGCCAUCCUCCAUCAUCAUGCUGUAAUGAACCUAAUAGACCUUAGUUAGGGUAGACGCCAAUUUUAAUUUAAUGUAAAUGAAAACGAGACUGUAUGGGAUAUAGUCAGUUUAAUAGGUUGUACUUUUGGGUGUGUUGGAAAAUCUGAACUGAGUUCUAAAUAUCAUUCUAAGUCCUUGCGGUCCUCCUCUGAUUCAAAAGCUUGGUGAACUAAUGCUGCAUAGACUGUUGGAUAGUAGUCAGCAUCAAUGCAGGCUCAGCAAAAAGGUGCGUAGUGGCCUAAAGGGGGCAUUUAUGAGCACCCUUCCGAAACCUAAAAUGACAAAUGGGACAUACUAUACACCAGGGAUGGGCAACGUUGGUCCUGGAUUGCUGCUGUACUGCAGAGUUUAGCUCCAACCCUGAUAAAAAAACUCACCUGCCUGUAGCUUUAGUAAUCCUGAAGACAUUGAUUGGCUUUUUCAGGUGUGUUCGAUUAGGGUUGGAGCUAAACUCUGCAGAACAGUGGUACUUCAGGACCGACGUUGCCCAUCCCCGCUAGACACCCUAGUGUUUCACUUGGGACAGAGCCAGAGUGUACGUCAAUCCCUCACAGCCUCAAUCAUGCCAAACUGAAUGUCGUCUACCCUGAUUAAAACCCAUAAUCCGAUUUUACAGAACUCAUUUGAAAGCCUCAAAAAAUACUAAUUAUGAGAUAUCACAUUUCUAAACAGAUAUGUUUAACACUGAAACACUGAAUGCUAAUUAAUUGGCCAUAGUGAGAUUUUGAGAUUAGUGAGAUUUUAUCAGAUAAUCCCAAAAUAUAAUCCAUAAUCUGACCGUUUGUCCAUGUAGCUAUGCAGUUACUGUAAUAUGAGUGUGCCUCCCUGUAGUGGCUUGUAAUGUUUUUCUCCAAUAUCCAGUUGGAGUGGUGCUGCGGAAACUGAAGUUUAGUCCUUUUUGCUGGUGCUUUUCUUAGCUUUGAUGACAGAACAUUAGAGGAAACAACAUUUUUGUAUGCAUUUCACGAGCCAUAAGGAUUUGUUGAUUCAGUUCUUUUAUAAAUUGAUCUAAAUUAGUGAAGUUUCAGAAUAACACAUUUCUCAAUUGUUCAGUGUCUGGCCAAAAAAGAAGGUCAGAUGUUAUAAACCCAGCCUAUUAUAUCCCAGAAAGUGUCACCUCUUUAUCUGUCACAGCCUUGCCAUAUGUCCCACAGCUACCUCUUAACUCAAAACUGUAUCUUAUAUUACAUUUAACCCAUUCAUGUUUCAUUUUGAAGGUCACUAGAGUGCCUUUUUCGAAAUUAAAGCAGCAAGAUAUCUGUUAGAAGUAGGAAGGUUUCGAGGAACCAGCAAUGAAAUAAUAGAUGUUUUCAGAAGACUGCUGUUAGCUACUGAACCCCUCUGUUUCUUGAAAAGGACAAAAAUGACUAAGUCUGUAUUCAUAAAGUUAAAUGAAGUGCAAAUUCAGUCUACAGUGUAUAUUGUAAUUGAUUUCAGAAGCCAAAAUACAAUUUGAGGACGAGUGAAAUCUGCAAAUGUAAUCAGUCCGUCCUUUCUUUAUAAGCCAUUUUAACCUGUUUGUUUCCUGAAUCGAGUCUGAUGUUGUGGCUUUGCUCACUUAUACAUAUCAGACAAACGGUGUACUGUCCCUUCAAGUGUCCCUUAACCGUUUAGUCUUGGUAUUCACGCUUCUGAGUUUGGUCACAUGAUCUCUGAAAAAACGGGGGGAAUGACCUUAGUUCAGGAGCUUUUCGUUUGAGUGCUCCCACAGCCAAUUUAUCAAAUGCUGCAAGACUUACAUCAAACCCCACUGAUGGUUUGAAAUUUCCCCAACUUUAGCAGAAGAAUGUAAAUGAUGCCAAUUAGACACUUUUAUAGCUAUUCUUAAACCACUGACAGAAGUUUAAAAGGUCAUGUGGUUGGUGAUUUUAGAUUUAAAAGAGCUGUUUUCAUGGGAGCAGCUCUCUAAUUGUCCUUUCCAUUCACAAUAUUGGUCUCCAUCACUCUUGUGUCAUCACAUCACUCUGUUUUAAUGCCUAGCAAUAUAUAAAACACCUUGUCGCUUAUCGUUGUCAAUAUCGAUUGCUAAAUUAUUAUAAAGAGAAUGCGUGUAUAUUUUUUUUGUUUCCGUUUGAGAUCUCUUUUGAAUGGAAAAAGAUGACGUCAGAUGGACAUUGAGGAAGAUUUCUAAAUGUUUUAACUUGAAAUCAAAUAUACUGUAAAUAAAUACACAAUUUUUACUCUUUCUAUCCUCGUGUAGGAAACUUUGAAUGUCUCUGCCAACUUUGAGCUUGAAUUCUGUACCUUUCCUCACCUGAAUUAAAAACAUGAGAAGAUUUUGUGUAAAUAGAAACAUUUUGAAAAUAAAAGUGCUGAAAAUUU